UAAUAAUAAAAUAAAAAUACAAAACCAUUCCUACAAACAAAACAGGCUCGAAGAAACGCAGGGAAAAGAGGGAGGGAUGGACAAAUGGAUUUCACAAGUGAUUCUUCUUCUGCUAGCUCUGGUUCUGCUCUCUGUACCUUCCAUUCACGCCUCUCAUCACACAGCAAAUGGUGGCGUUGGCGGCAGAAUCUUACUUGGUUUCAAAGAAAAGCCUCGUGGAAGUAACCUUACCUUCGAUUGCUCUCCUUCUGGCGCCUGCGUUCCCUGCCUCUACUCUGAGAAGAAUGAUGAAAGAUAUCGUUGCAGUGAGACUGGUUAUCGUAUCCCUUUGAAGUGUGUUGAAAUUAAAGAUGGUACAAAGAAUGGAAAUGAGAAUAAGUCUCAGAAUAGUCGAUCUGCUAUAGAGAUCUCUAAUGAAAACACAAAUCCACAUGCAACAUUGCAUGACACUGUUCCAAACAAGCAUAGAAGUUUACUGGAUGAUUUAUCCACAUUAGAGGAUGGAUCACAGGUUUAUAUUACUUAUAGAAGCUGUAUAAUUCCUGCUAAUGAAGAGAAGUUGUCAGUAGUUGGUUUUGAGAAUGUGAAUAUUGAUGCUUGGGCUCUUAAUCAUGGUGGGCAGGGUGCUGUUUUGGGUUUGUUCCUCAUAAGUGGUUCAAUUGUGUACAUUCGAAGAAAGCAGAUUCUCAGCAUGUCAGGAGUUGGGGGAGGGAGGAUUCAGAUGAACUCCAGGUUUUAACUCGAAGUUUUUAAGGCUUGAGACGUGGUCCUCUAUUUGAAGUAAAAUUUAAAUGAUAAAAGAAGUUUCAAUGCUGUCAGAGUAUCCGCGCAUACAAGAGGGUUUAACCUUGCGCUAGGUGCAGCUCGCAAUUGGUUCUAUUCUUAUUUCUGAUUUUUGUAGCUAAGUGGUAAAGUUAUUCCUUUUCUUAUUUAGUGAUUUUUCCGAAUUGUAGCAGCUGCAAAACCAUAGAUAAAACAUUCCAUAAUUGUAUUUAUUUGACGAUAAAUGGCCGAAGCUUCUACCAUAUUAAUUUUGCGUGAAAGGCACAUUUGAAUGUA